AUGGCCGAGCAGAUUGUAUCCGAAGACACUACGUCUGUCAUCAUGAAUCCUGAUGGAACUUACUCCGCUGUACCAUACGCGGCUACCGGAGAAAAUGGACAGGUUUAUCUGUCGUUGAACGACUUGGGAAUCCAAAAUGAUGGUGAAGAUAUGGUAUUAAUAGCUGCGGACGACAAUCUGGAUAUGGCUACCUUGGAGAGUCUAAUCGCCUCUGGGGCCGUCACAACCGUUACUGGAGAGGGGGGUACAGAAUUUGUUCAGCUGGGGGACCAGACUCUCGUCGAUGGAACGCAAAUAAUAGAGGUGUCUCCCGAACAGAUGCAGUUUUACGAUCCUGCAACUAAGACCUACUAUGGUGCUCCCGGCAUUGUUUCCAGUUCUGGUGGUAUUUUGACAAUGGCUGGCACGCAGCCCGGCGGAAUAACUUAUAAAUGUCCUUCAUGUCCUGCUAUGUAUUCAAACGCUAACGCCUUCACCAAACACAUGCGUGAAAAGCAUUUUGUCAAGGUCUACACUUGCCGUCAAUGCGAAGAGUUUUUCGAGACGCUAAGUCAACUCUUCUUGCAUGCUCGUAGAUGUCACGUUGAUCCCAAAAAGCCCAAGCGAAAUCCGGCGAACUACAAGUUUCACUGCGACCAGUGUAACUAUAUGACCAACAACGGCGGCACCAUGGAACACCAUAAACGGGCACACACUGGCGAGAAACCUUUUGUUUGCGACGUUUGUAAUAAAAGAUUCGCGCAAAAGGCUAACAUGAAAACACAUCGUAAUCGCCACAUAUAUCGGGACAAAAUCUUCCGAUGCGACACGUGCAACAAAGCCUUUUCGUCUUAUGAUAUUUAUUUGGCUCACUUGAGAACCCGAGAACAUGAACUGCGUGAACACUUCGCCAUGAUGGCUUCUUCUCAGUUGUCUCUAGAAUGUCUGGGAUGUUCAUUGACCUUCGACAGCAUCUAUAAUCUCAACAAACACACAAGGAGCUGUCGCAUCGUGCGUACCUUGCAAACCAAGUUCCGUUGCCUGCCGUGUAAUGCUUACGUUAGUGAUGUGGCCUCACUAAAAGCCCACGUCAAGGCUCAUGAAGGCAGUCAAAUCAUCUCCUGCCCCGUUUGCGGUGAACGAGGCUUUCCGGGCUUUAACCAGCUCAAUCACCACAUCACUCGAGCUCAUGCUCUUAAAGUGAACCGCCGUCAUGUCUGCCGGUACUGCGAGUCAACUUUUGAGAUGAAAAAAGACCUAGACACCCACAUUCGCAGCAUGCACGCGGAAGAGCGAAAUGCACGACAAUCUAGAGGUGCUGUUGGCCGACUCAAGUGCCGUUAUAGCCAGUGUGAAUUCACUACAAACUCGAUCAUGCUACUGGACCGCCACCACGAUCAACACAGGCGCCAGGAGGAGGAUGGGGAGGACAGUGUCUCACUCCCUCCGGCCCGCUACGUCUCCAGCACCAAACGGAGACGUUUGCGUGGCAGCAAGUUUGACUCACUCUACGGAGAGGAAGAUGAUGAGGAGGCGGGAGAGUUUGCUGAAGGCGAGGAGGAUUUUGAAGUCGAGGAAGAGGUGGAUGAUGACCUGGCUCCAGUUGAAGAUGGGACAAACGUUACUCGUCGUACAAUCACACUGAUUAAGGCGGCACCUCAAAAGAUUGUGGAGGGACAUGAAGAACAAGUGGGAGGGGGAGAUGAGGAGGCUCUAAGGCCGUUAACCGAGACGCUCCCACCCACCGUUGUGGGGAAUUCAGCUCCUGCUUUAGCAGCCACAAGGCGGUCUGCCGUCACGCCGAGUAGACAUCUUUCUGUGGUGCCUUCUAGUCGUCGUAUCACACGCGCUCGACGUCUGCCGGCGUGGUACAAGGACUACGACACCGACUACAUUGGAGCAGGCGAGGAGUCUCCCACCGUGGAAGCCACCAUCAAAUCUCGACUCCCGGCGGGUAUUGAACUGACCGAUCCCACCACUGUCGGCGGGGAAGAUGGAGUGCCGACUGAGGAGUGGAAUGUCGUCGUGUACGAUGAUGAGGAGCCCGUUGAAAGGCCAGAUGACAAGGAGGAAGAGGAGGUCACCGCCUAG